AUGGAUAGGGAAGAAAAAUCCAGCCGGAGAGACCGAGAUUCCGAUCGGGACCACCAUAAACAUCAUUCUUCUUCUAAACACAAGUCCGGGGAUGCCGAUGACGAUCGCCGCCACAGCCACAGUCACCAUAGGUCUAAGUAUCGGGAAGAUGGUGAGGACCGGCAUUCACUAGACCGGAGGUCGUCGAGGGAGUACUCCGCUGAGAGGGAGAAGUCAGUUGAGCUAAGAAGCGAGGCCGAGGGAGGCAGACAUAGAGAUAGGUCUCGCGAACGGCACAAACGCGGAAAGUCGAAAGAUCGAGAGAAGUCGUAUGAUAGGGAGGAUUCGACGGAGAGGAAGCAUAUUAAAAGGAAAGAGAGAGGAGGCGAGAGUGGGGAGGAUAGUGACGGCGGGGCCAAGAGAGCUAGGGUUUUGGAGGAUAGGAAGGAGAGGAGGAAGAAGUUUGAUGAAGAUGUGAAUGGAGGCAAGGCAGAAGAAAAGAAAGAAAGGCGUAAAUUUGAGGACGUUGAUGGGGGAAAAGAGAAUCGAGAGGAGCAAAGGGAGAGGAGGAGGUUUGAGGACAAGGGGAAAAAGGGCGAACAUGGAACCGAGUUUGAUGAUUUGGGGAAAAUUACCGGGUUUGAUGAGAGAAGCUCUCAGCAAGAGCAGAAACCAGAACUCCCUGUUGCCGGUAACGUGAAUACUGGUGGUUCCAUAUCUAAUGGUAAUGGAGUGGAAUCAUGCAGCACAGCAUCUUGGAGUGAUACUCAUUUGCACGAAAUUCAUUCUCCUGAUAUCAAGGUAUCUUCAAUUUCUACGACAAAUGAAAAUAAGGGAGUUAAUAUUAACAGAUCUCAUGAGGUUCCUGGGAAAUCCAGUACAGAUGGAACAGGUUCAGAUGCUGCCAAGGUUGGAGUUUUGUCUCGUGAUAAUUUAGAUAAAGCAAAAAAAGCUUUGCAAAAGAUGAAGGAGCUUCAAGAGAAGACUAAGAAGAUUCCCGUGUUGAACAAGGCUUCUGGGGUGAAUAGAGAGAGUAGUCCUCAUUUGGGACCCGCACCGGGUGUUAACAACACUCCUUCCACUGGAUCUGGGAUACCCGCUACACCUUCUUCCUUAGCCAGCUCUUCUCCAGUCACUACUUCACGUAUGUCUACUUUGCCUGCGGUAGGAGAUCCUAUGAAUCCUCCACCCCUGGGUUUGCCUCAUCUUUCUGGGCUCAAUCCGGAGCGAUUUGAGGCUGUUAAGAAGGCUCAGGAGCUUGCUGCAAAAAUGGGGUUCCGACAGGAUCCAGAGUUUGCCCCUCUAAUAAAUAUGUUUCCUGGGCAGUUGCUACCAGAUGUUGCCAUUCAGCCGAAGCCUGCCAAAGCGCCUGUUCUUCGCUUGGAUGCUUUGGGCAGGGAAAUUGAUGAACACGGAAACGUAGUAAAUGUGCCAAAAGUAAAUACAUUGAGUACUCUCAAGGUCAAUAUUAACAAGCAGAAAAAAGAUGCUUUUCAGAUUCUUAAGCCAGAAUUAGAAGUUGAUCCGUCCGAAAAUCCUCAUUUUGACCCAAGAAUGGGUAUUAACAAAAACAAGAUUCUGAGACCUAAGAGGAUGUCGUUUCAGUUUGUGGAGGAAGGCAAAUGGUCAAAAGAUGCCGAGACACUCAGAUUAAAGAGUCAAUUUGGAGAAGCGCGAGCAAAAGAGCUGAAGGCAAAGCAAGCACAACUGGCCAAGGCAAAGGCGGAGCCCGAUAUCAAUCCGAAUUUGAUUGAGGUGUCGGAGAGGGUCGUUGUCAAAGAGAAGCCCAAGGAAGUAAUUCCUGAAGUUGAGUGGUGGGACAUACCUCUUUUACUAUCAGGGAAUUACAAUGAUAUCAUAGACGGUGAUUUAACUGAUGACAAACUAAAGAUGGAUAAGAUCACCAUUUAUGUUGAGCAUCCUCGUCCCAUUGAGCCUCCUGUUGAACCUACUCUUCCCCCGCCUCAGCCUUUGAAACUGACUAAGAAAGAGCAAAAGAAGCUCCGCACUCAGCGUCGCUUGUUGAGGGAGAAAGAUAAACAGGACAUGAUUAGACAAGGCCUCCUAGAGCCACCAAAGCCGAAAGUGAAAAUGAGCAACCUUCAUAAGGUUCUCGGAACAGAAGCAACACAAGAUCCAACAAAGCUUGAAAGGGAAAUUAGAAAUGCAGCUCUUGAGCGUGAACAGGCUCACAUUGAUAGAAAUAUUGCCCGGAAAUUGACUCCUGCUGAGCGCCGUGAGAAGAAAGAGAGAAAACUGUUUGAUGACCCAAAUAAUGCGGAAACUAUAGUCUCGGUUUACAAAGUCCGUAGCCUUGCACAUCCACAGGCUCGAUUUAAAGUUGACGCAAAUGCUCAUGAGAAUCGGUUGACUGGUUGUGCUGUGAUUUCUGAAGGCAUCUGUGUUGUGGUGGUGGAAGGUUGUCCGAAAUCCAUCAAGAGAUAUGGAAAACUUAUGCUGAGGCGUAUAAAUUGGGCAGCAGUGGAGAAAAAUGAGGAGGAAGAUGAAGAUGAAGAUAUGGAUGAUGAUGCCCCUGUCAACAAGUGCAUGUUGGUGUGGCAGGGUUCUGUUGCAAAAUCAAGUUUUCAUAAAUUUUCCAUUCACGAGUGCAGGACAGAAGCUGCUGCUCGGAAAAUAUUCUCUGAUGCUGGGGUUGGUCACUAUUGGGAUCUUGCUCUUAAUUUUUCGGAGGAAUAA